CUCUGGUCACGUUCAAGGAAGGAGAGUUGGUGAUGAUCACAGUAACCCAAUGUGUAGGCUAAGGUGGAGUUGAAUCAUUUACGUAGAUAUUUUCAAGAACAUUUAUUGUAGUGUAUUAGUAUGUGUGUUUGAGAAGCACAGUUUCUCAAUCGCCAAUUCAUCGAUGCACAGAGGAUUUGUUUACGCCAUGAAAAGCAAUUCAAUGACCUCAAUAGCUCCCUGCAACAGUAUGAGUUCUUUCCAUGCCGCCAGCAGCCCUCCGAUCAGCACGGGGCUACUGAAAAUUGUAGUCCAGCUGGAUGCAGCUGUCGAAUACCUGAUGGUGCAUAAAAAUUUCCAGAGUGCCUUUGACACGUGCGAGAGAGGGUUUGAGAACUUGGAAAAAGUUGCAGAAGAGGAGGAUAGCAGGUAUGGGGAUCUUAAGGCGUCUUUAUGUACAGUGGGCAUUCAAGCAUUGGCUGAACUCAACCAGUGGCGUGGUGUUCUUGGUUGGGUCCUACAGCACUUUGGCAGCGCAGAUACAAUGCCAACCAAAAUAAUGCAAAUGUGCAUUCUUCUGUACUCUAAAGUGGGUGAGCAUGCUACAAUGCAGGAAGUGGGCCAUAGCUGGCUUCACUGUCUGGACAAUACAGCCCUGUCUGGCUAUGGUACUGUGGCAGAGUUGUACCUCCUGCAUGUGUUAAUCCCACUGGGCCUGACAGCCGAGGCACAGCAGCUGGUGACUGGUGAUGUUGGCAGCGCUGCGUUUACAGCAGACCAGAGGCAGGUGGCGCUGGACUUAAUAGAGAGCCAGCAAAGUUCUCAGGAGGGACAGACACAGAGUCCAGGUCCAGAGGCCACUCCACAGAUGAUCACAGAUGAUACUAUGCCUCAUGGUUCUGUGAUCCAGAGGCUUCAUGGAAUGUUGAGGCUGCUACAAAGGGGGGUCUCAAUAGCCAGAUUAAGAUGGAAGCUUAUACCUGUGCGACGUUUUUUGCUGACAGUAUUCCUGCUCUAUUUGCUACUAGUCAGAAUGGACCCAGCUCUUCCGUCAUCUUUCCCCUGGGUCCUCAAACUGCUGCGACUGCUGAAGCAGAUGUGGUAUGCCAUGUUUGGUCCGUAUUAUCGAGCCAAUGCCGCAGUGUGAGAUCCAUCCAUGGCUCAAAGAUGAUGCACUUGAGAGGGUUUUUGAAAAAUAAGACAAUAUUUUUUAAGUGACCUGAUGGGACUGUUGUUUUAGAAAUCAGUGGGCUGGAACAGGAUCUUGGAGGUGGAAUUCUGGGUCCUUUUGUGUCUUGUCCUCUGUGAGGGUUGGAUGCUGAGGUUGUUAUAUAUGUGAAGUAUUUUGUUAGUUAUAUAGUUAUUAUAUUGAUAUUGCAAAAUAAAUGGCUUUUCUGAAAAAUGAGACAGCCUUGGUCUGAUAUCCAAAAAUAUUGAUUUGGGGUACAGCAUAUGUGUGAAUUAUGAUCACAGCUUAGAUCACACAUAAAGGUAACAUCAAAUUGCUAAUAAAGACCUGUAAUGAUUGUUUCAUUCCAUAUGUACCACCUGGUUAGCCUGAUAUCACCAGACUAACUCACUUCAUUUAGUAUCUCAGUGAGAUGAAAAUGAGCUGAGAUACAGAUGGGCGGGGUCAAGCUACCACCCAAUAACAUUCUAUUCUUCCAGUUUAAGACCUUAACUUAAAGUUGAUUCUUAAUUUUAUUUGGUCAUUGUUAAUUGGGACACAUGUGACCAAAAACAAAAACUAUUGAACAUUCGAUGAGUGUAACUAGUAAAAUUUAGGAUUUCACAGGCCAGCAAUUUUUUAUUUGAUAAACCAUGUAAUUGCAGGUGGAUUAAAAAUGUUUAGACGUU